GGGGAGGUAAGGGGACCAUCCUCUUAUCCCAACUAUCUUCACACAUUCAAAUCCAACGUUAACGAAAACCCGACACUCAAUGAAGCUUAUCUACUCCUUACCAAUUCUCCUUUCACCACACCAAAAAAAUAAAAAUGGGUGUCCUUGCUCCAAAACCAAUCCCACCAUGCCUCACAAUCCCUCCCUCAAUCCCACUCUUCCACUCCACCAAUCUAUCCUUGUUGGAUCAACCCUUUCCCACCCGUAAAACGGCCUCCCAAUUCCGCCCCAAUGCCAAGAAGAAGAACCCAUGGCUCGACCCUUUCGAUCAGGGCGACGACCCGGAGAUGGAGUACGGCCAGCUCUUCUCCGACGGGAAGCAGGAGGAGGAUCCCAGGCCGCCCGACAACCCGGGUAACCCCUACGGCUUCCUCAAGUUCCCGCCGGGCUACGCCGUGGAGAUCGCCUCGCUCGGCCUCAAGAUCAGGGGCGACGUCAGGAGGUGCUGCUGCGUCGUCUCCGGCGGCGUCUACGAGAACCUGCUCUUCUUCCCCGCCAUCCAGAUGAUCAAGGACCGCUACCCCGGCGUGCAGGUCGACGUCGUCACCACGGCCAGGGGGAAGCAGACCUAUGAGAUCAACAAGAAUGUGAGGUUCGUUGAUGUCUACGAUGUCGACGACCCUUUCCCGGAACCCGCCGAUUACACUGACAUGAUCGGACAACUUAAGAACAGGUACUAUGAUAUGAUCUUGUCGACUAAGCUAGCUGGGAUUGGCCACGGUGCCUUCCUCUUCAUGUCUAGUGCAAGAGACGUAGUUAGCUACGUUUACCCUAACGUGAACGCUGCCGGAGCAGGGCUCUUCUUGUCGGAGACCUUCACUCCGGCUACUGACAAUCUGUCCGAUGGCGGUUACCACAUGUAUCGCGAGAUGAUAGAUUGGCUAGGGAAGCCGUUUCGUAGCGUUCCAAGGCAGGCGUUGCCUCCUCUGAAGGUGUCGAUUUCGAGGAAGGUGAAAGAGGUGGUGGAGGCCAAGUACAGAAGCGCAGGGGCGAGCAAGGGUAGAUACAUUGUGAUUCAUGGCAUCAAAUCAGACUCAAAGGCCUCAAUGCAGAGCAAGGGAGAUACUGAUAGCUUGCUGCCUAUUGAGAUAUGGGAUGACAUAGCUAGUGUCAUAAGUGGACUGACUCCAGUGUUCGUGAUCCCACACGAGAAAGAGAGGGAAAAUGUGGAAGAUGUUGUUGGAGAUGAUGCUAGUAUAGUGUUCAUCACCACCCCAGGACAGCUGGCUGCGCUGAUUAACGAUUCCGCGGGCGUGAUAGCUACAAAUACAGCUGCCGUACAACUUGCAAACGCGCGCGAAAAACCAAGUGUAACGAUGCAGCAUCGCGUUGUUUUGCUCGGACGAUAAGGCUAAGGUGUUUGUUCCGAAACCGGAAGAGAAGAAGUGUGCUAUUAUAUCAUCUAAGACAGGAAAACUGGUGGAUAUAGAUGUUGAAGCUGUUAAGGCCGCAGUCCAGAUUUUCAGCUUGCCUUUAGCUAUUGCAUAGCUAAAUUGUAACAUGCCAUUACACAAUAAAUAUUCAUUUUCUCACAAGAUAUGUUAUUAUUUUUUUUAAUAUC